GAGCUGACUGGGCUGGGCCGGGUGGCGGCGGCGACCGGGACGACUGCAGAGGCCAUCGAGGCGUUGACUGGGUGGCCGGUCGGCCACUGUGGCCUCGAGCAGCCUCUUCGCGCGGCCCCGCACUUCCCGGGCCGCUGGGGGUCGCGGCGCUUAGCCUGCCAGUGAGCUGCAGCCGGCACACCCCGGCGCGGCGACGGCGGCGGCGACGACAGCGGACAGGUUAGAGUGGGGGCAGGGGCGAGCGCGGGAGCAGCCCGAGGCCCGAGAGGGAGCCCGAGCCCGGCUAUCUCCAACCAUGUCCGACGAGACGUCGGCCACCACUUCGUAUGAGAAGUUUCUAACCCCUGAAGAACCCUUCCCGCUCCUGGGACCCCCUCGCGGGCUGGGCACCUGCCUGAGCGAGGAGCCAGGCUGCCUGGACAUCAGCGACUUCGGUUGCCAGCUCUCCUCCUGUCAUCGCACCGAUCCGCUUCACCGCUUCCACACCAACAGGUGGAACUUAACUUCUUGUGGAACAAGUGUUGCCAGCUCAGAGUGCAGUGAGGAGCUGUUUUCAUCAGUUUCUGUUGGAGACCAAGAUGAUUGCUAUUCCCUGUUAGAUGAUCAAGACUUCACUUCUUUUGAUUUAUUCCCUGAGGGUAGUGUCUGCAGUGAUGUCUCUUCUUCUAUUAGCACUUACUGGGACUGGUCAGAUAGUGAGUUCGAAUGGCAGUUACCAGGCAGUGACAUUGCCAGUGGGAGCGAUGUCCUUUCUGAUGUCAUACCCAGUAUUCCAAGUUCACCUUGCCUGCUUCCUAAAAAGAAAAACAAGCACCGGAAUUUAGAUGAACUUCCUUGGAGUGCGAUGACAAAUGAUGAGCAGGUGGAAUAUAUUGAGUAUCUGAGUCGUAAAGUCAGUACUGAGAUGGGUCUUCGAGAGCAACUUGAUAUUAUUAAAAUCAUUGAUCCUUCUGCUCAAAUCUCCCCUACAGACAGUGAGUUUAUUAUUGAACUUAACUGUCUCACAGAUGAAAAACUGAAGCAGGUCAGAAACUAUAUCAAGGAGCAUAGCCCUCGCCAAAGGCCUGCAAGAGAGGCCUGGAAGAGAAGCAACUUUAGUUGUGCAAGCACCAGUGGAGUGAGUGGUACCAGUGCCAGUGCCAGCAGCAGCAGUGCCAGCAUGGUCAGUUCUGCAAGCAGCAGUGGGUCCAGUGUUGGAAACUCUGCUUCAAACUCCAGUGCCAACAUGAGUCGAGCACACAGUGACAGCAACCUGUCUGCAACUGCAGCAGAGCGGAUUCGGGAUUCAAAAAAACGUUCCAAGCAGCGCAAGUUACAGCAGAAGGCCUUACGCAAGAGGCAGCUGAAAGAGCAGAGGCAGGCUCGGAAGGAGAGGCUCAGUGGGCUUUUUCUUAAUGAAGAGGUGCUGUCCUUGAAAGUGACUGAGGAAGACCAUGAAGCUGAUGUAGAUGUGUUGAUGUAAUAAGGAUGAAUUGAUCAGUGUUCUUUCUAAGCAUUAAAGUAUUCUAUCUUUAUUUGUUUACAUGCAUCUUGACCAAAAUUUUGAUUAGGGCUGUGCUGAUGUACCAUUAAUAAUUUAGGCCAGUGGUUCUCAGCGUGUGGUCCGUAGACCAGCAGCAUCAGGAUCACCAGGGAAGUUGUUGGAAAUGCAAAAUUGGGUCCCAUCGCAGACCUAGUGAAUCAGAAACUCUGAAGAGAGGCCAGGUGAUUCUGAUGCACAUUCUAGUUUAAGAGCCACUAAUUUAGGUAAAUGUUUUGACUAUUUAAACUUUAUAGUACUUAAGUGGGCUUUUUCAAAGACUAGUAGUUUUACAGUUUAGGAGAGUUUAAGAUACUGCUGACAGGUAGUUUAUUAUGUCGGUAUGCAUACAUGUAUAGAGAUAAUUCAGUUCCCUUAACGUUACAAUUUCCUUUCUGUAGUAUUAGUUUACUUUUUCUAAAGGGCCAUGGCAUAAUUCUCAAUUCUUAGUGGAAAUCUUUUUUUGAGGUUGGGGGAGACAGAUUGCUGUUUACAAUAGUGCCUUCAUUAAGUUUGGUUUUUAGUCUGUUUUCAUUCGUUAUUAACGCAGAGGUAUAAGAACAGGCCCUAAUAUUUUUCUUGUUGGAUUUGUUUUUGUUUACUUUAUGUAAAUUUGUAAUUCUUUCUGCAGUUGAUGACUACCAAGGGAAUAUUGUUACUAGUAGCUAAAUUUUAGACUUGAUGCUAUGUAGAUUAGUAUUCAGUGGAGAAAACAAUUAGGCAAAACAACCAAUUCUGUUUUUUUCUGUUACUUUCUGAAAUUUUAGGCCCAAAAAACUUUCUCAAAGGCAGAUUUUCUCUCUCUCUGUUUUUUGUACGUCAUUUUUUUUUCAGCACAGCUCUAAUUUUAAAAUAUUUGGCAUAAUAGCUUCUGGCAUGUGAAUAAGUUAAUGUUCAAAAUUAGCUGAUGAAAACCCUUAAAACUCUGCUAAAUUUCCCUAUAAAUUGCUAGAAAUACAUGGAGCAGAUAUAUAGAACAUAUCUUAACUUGUUGGUUACUAAUAGAACUCUUAAUUUUAAAUGUGAAAGCAUGGAGUUUCUUUAAAUAUUUUCAUAGAGAGUUUUGUUAUAAUGAACAUUAGAAAUGAAUGUUUACAUUAACAUUAGAAAUUAAUGUUAAAUAAUAGAAAUUAGUGCAUCAUUUUCUUCUACCACACAUCUUUGAACGUUUACAUGGGUUAAAAAAGAUGGAAACUGAUACUACUGACAAUCAAGCUGCUUUCUGAUGUUCCUAACUUUCUUUUAUUUGUGGAUAACAUUUUAGAGGUAAUAAUGGUUCUGUAGGAAGAAGAGUUGUAAUCAGUAUUUUUUAAGCUCUAAAGUCAAGGGGUUAAUAGGAUUUCCACUUUAAAAAACUUUGUUAUAUCAAGUAGUUCAUUAAGAAAAAGCUUAAUGCCUACAUUCUCAAUUCUCAGUUGAUCAGCUUAAGCUUUGCUUACAAUUAUGUUUUUUUGAAUUUUGAUUUCGUUUUAGUUCUUGAAGGUUAAACAGUUGAAAUCAAGGAUAAAAUUUAGUAUAUUGCAGCUUUGCUAAGGUCUGUGGUAUUGUUGCAACAUUUUGAAGACUACUAAAUUCAUACUUGAAAAUGUUACUAAAGUAAAAGCAUACAUUUAUGUAUGGUUUUCAACUGGAGUUGUCCUUCUGACUUUCCUCCUCUGCCCCUUUAGUGCUCUCAACCAGCUUAGAGGUCCAAAGGCAGCUUGAGGCUAGACCCCAGAAUGUUCUGAGGAAGGUAAAAAGGGUCAACUCUGUCAUGUUUCCCUUUCAAGUACAGGAAGAGUAAAUGGAGAGUAGAGCAAAUACAGCUGAAUUCUCUACUUGCUCUCAGCAAAAUAAAAAUCCUAGAGGAUGGCUCGAUAGUCUCUUUACCUACUCUUCAAGGAAAAGAGCCAGUUUUGUAGACAGUGGAGCAGCAUUUAUCUCUUGAAUACUCGGAGACAAUUUUCUUGAUAGUGACCAGUAAAAGAAAAUCCUUAACAGGGUUGUGAUUUAAUAAGACCAAUUCCUGUACUCUCUUCCAACAAUCGCAUAGUCUUAUUACCUUAGAUUUAACUUAAAUCACCAUUAAAUAAGUUUACCAAAGUGCCACAAGGCCAAUUUUAAAAGUUUAUAAAGGUUUGAGUGUUUAUAGAAGUGCACCAGGAAGUAUUGGGUAAAACUGGCUGCACCGUCUUUACAGUACUAUAAAUUACUGAUAGCCCAUAAGGUUGGUUCAGAAGAUAUUGAAAAUAUUUCUUCUGAUUAAAAGAAAAAUUUAACAACUUGGAUUUGCUUAUGAUCUGAGAGGAAGAUUGAAGAGUCUUUUUCCACCUCCUCCCCCCCAAAUAAAACCAAAAACAGCAGAACAACACAUAAACAAAAGCCUCUUUUGUCUUUGCUAAUGUGUUAUACUUGUUUCUGUUUUGGUGCCUCAUGUAGUAGCUAUUCAAGUUUGAAUAUCUCUUUGUUGGAAUAAGUAAUAAUUUCUUCAAGUUUUUUAUAUUUCCGAGUUCAAUUUAAAACAAAUCCAGCUCAGUAUUUUUUUGAAAUAUAAACCCUAACUAAGCAAUUAAUAAAAAGGCGAGACUUAAUGAGAAGUGACACUGGAGGAAAUAAGUCUCCUCUUUUAAAUUGUCUUGUUAACUAAGAGCGUGAUAAAGUCCCCACAGAUGUAUCCAGAAACAUUUUGUUAAAGAUCUUGUAGUAUUUGAAUCACUCCCCUCCAUAGUUUUUAAGGAGUGAAUCUUGAGGUAAACAAAAUUGCAUGUAGUUUUCUACAGUUUUGCAACUAAAUUAAAGGAAGGCACUGAAGUUUAAUGUGUUGGGGGUAUAAGGGGAUAGUUCAUUCUGUCUCAACAAGGAUUUAGAGUAAAAUAACACUUUUUUUGUCGUGAGGCUGUGGCAGUUUUGUCCGGUUCCUCAGUCCCUUGGGUAAAACAGAUAAUUGCUGAAUUAAUCCCAGAAACUGAUUUCUAAUUUAAUGACUCUUUUAUAGAUUUGGUGGACACCUCAUUUUAUUCAGCUUUUAAAAGUGCUAAAUCCCCUCUUAAAGGGAAAAAAAAUGGAGGAAACUGCUGUAUAAAGAAAAUUAUCCUGAUUCUGAAGAGCUUUAAAAAUUGUAAAAUUUUUCAAAUGUCUUCCUAUUUAAGCCAAAAAGGUUAGUACAAGACCAAUAGAGAAGUCUUGUUUGGUUCCAGAUCUCUAGCAGAGACUUUUUGUUCGUGGCUUACUCUAUAUAGCCUCAUGUGCCUUAAAGGUAAGCUCUGUACUUUUUGUCAAUAUUAGGCUUUUCCAAACUCAAACAUAAUCUGAAUGUUGUAAUUUGUUUUAUAAAAUGCCCACAGUAUUGGAUAUCAGUAAACAAAGCCAUUAAACUGAAUCAAUCAAUGGUACUAGAGUGUAAAAUAAAACAAAAACCAUCAGAUCUUAAAAUUUCAUUUGUAUAACUUUCCUUUGGGCCCCGCUAGGUCAUUGAAGAAUAUUGAAAGCUAUCUAAAGAAUGAUUUAGUAUAUUCUUUUAUUGUUUCUCUGAAAAUACAUUUUUAAACCAGAUAACUUUUAGUAGCUGGAAAGAUAAGUUUCAAACUAUGGGCAAAAGCACUUCAAAAACAGAGAUUAUAUAACAAGUUGAUUCUCUUAUUAACCCUAGGGACUCUUUGCAUUCAUUUGUGUCAAAGCUGGAACACUUCCCCCCCUUUUCUUCUAAUCAAUUACCUUGGAGCACUUCUGUCUUUAGGAAAAAUGUUUGUUUUGAUUGGGGGGGGGGGUGUUACUUAAAGUCAGUUUACAGUUUGGGACGGAAAAUUCCCAGUUGUAUUCAAAUAAUAGUGUCGAUGUUGAGCACACUGACAUUCAACAUCCCUAAACGUAGAAGUAAAUUGAAUCCUUAAAAGGACUAUUAGUUAGAAAAUAAAUUUUUGUAUACACAUGUACUUUGGAUUUGUUCUGAGUCUAGUUUCUAAUUUUAUCUUGAAAAUGAGAUUAUGGUAACUGGGGGAGAACCAACUGAGAGACAUUUGAACCUAGGCAUCUCUGUCAGCAUAGUAUCUAGAAUAUAAUGCCUUAGAACACUUGAUUUUUAUAUCUUUGGAAAACAAUUUAUUAGAGUUCCUUUAUUCAGAAGGAACUCUGAAAAUUCCCCUAACUGGCUGUUAAGAGUAAUCAUGGUACAGCAGAAGAUUUGAGUUGGCUCACUAAAAUUUUGUUUUCAUAUUUUUUCUAAUAUUAAAAGUUACCGGUUUUCAGCCUCCUACCACCCAAUUAUACUUCAAACUUAUUAAUGUUUUGACCUAUAUCACAUAAUGGUAAAUUUGUUUUUAAUUUUACAUUCAUACUGCACUCAGAAAAAUUGAUUUGGUCUUCUCUGAAUUCAAUAUGUAGUACAUUUUCUUUAUUGUCAAGAUUAUUUGUUACGUCUUGUGGUGAAUGGAACCUGUGGAAAUUUGUGUUCUUUUUUGUGGUGAGGGAUGGGGGUGGGGAAAGGGAGAAUUGCUCUAAUUAUGCAUAUGCAUUUUGACUGUUUAAAGGUAGCUGUAGAAUUAAUAUGUAUAAAUGACAAGUUAGCACUAUUCUGAAUUGUUCUAAGAAACAGUGGCCUGAAGCCAUGACUUGUGGAGCUUCUUGCUCUUCAUUAGUAGCUGACUUAGGGGAUUUAAGUUGAAACUUUGGGGUUAAGUUAUCUAGCUGAGGCUUUUAGGAAUAGAGCAGAAAAUGUCUAUUCCUUUAGUGGAUGAAUUUAAUUUCCUAUUCCCAUGCUCUAAUUUAAAUAUAAAUAUUAUCCAUUCUAAAUCUUUGUGUUGGGAAUUCAAUAGGAGUGUUGUUAAAAGCUAUUAAAGAUAAACGCAAGUAUAUGUAAAACAUUUCACAGAUGGUUAAAAAUUUCAAAACAUUUUUUUUUUUAGUUUCAGAGGUUAAUUAUGUAGCAUCAAUAUCAUAACCAAAGUAUAAGUAGGAGUUUGACUGGUUUGGAGAACCUUCAAGUAGUCUUAAAUACUGUAAUGUAUCAGAUUGUUAACCAGGAUUUUUUUUCCUGUAUUUCUGCUAAAAUGUAUUACUGUAUCAAUGCACUUUUGUAUAUAUAACUGUCUUCUGUACAUUCUGUACUUAACUACAGUGUAUAUAAAGCCUGUUUUUCCUGAAGCUGUGAGGGAAUAGCAGUAACUAUAACACAGGUAGUUUAUAUUUUGAGUUCCUUCUUGUACUUGAAAGUAAUUCAGUAGUUAAACCUAAAUGCGUAUGUAUGGUUGUAAUUAAAACUGGCAGUGUGGCAGAGCUGUCUUUUGAAAAUGAAUAUCAGAGUGAAAAGUGUUGCUUUGGUUAUUAAUUACUCUUGCAAUAGUAAUUUUAUUGUUUAUUUUGAUGUGUUUUGAGUUUUUACAAACCCUACUGCUGCUUCCUACUUUAUACUUUUGUGUCAGCUCCUUUUCAUGUUCCGUCCUGGAACGUUUAUCAACAGAGAAGACUUGCUCUCUUUUCUUGUGCUCACAGUUCUGUUAGGGCUCCAUGAACUUUUGUUUUGUGAAAGCCCCAAUUUCCCAAAUGUCAUUGACAAUACUACUUUUUUUCCUAAAGAUCAGAUUUCUAGAGAGAUUAGCAUUCAUAGUAAAUGAAAAUUAGGUCUAACCUUUAUUGACCAAAAAAAUCAUAUUUGUCUUCCUUAUAUAUUGACCUAGAAUUUUCUUAAGUUAUAAUUUUAUAAAAGAAAGAAACUUGUUUUGCAAAAGCCCCAAUUUCCCAAGUGUUAUUGACAAUACUGUUUUGUUGUUUUUUUUUCUGGAGAGAUCAGAUUUCUAGAGAGACUAGCAUUCAUAGUAAGACAAAAAUUCCGAUUUGUCUUCCUUUAUAUAUUGACCUAGAAUCUUUUAAGUUAUAAUUUUAUAAAAGAAAUGUCUGUCUGUGAGCAAUUUUAUGUAUAGAUACAGGAACAAUUCAGCUUUGCAGCAGCACCUUUAUCUCUUACCACUAGAGGGAGGUCUGUGGUUGCUUUCCUUUGGAAAAUGUCUUAGCUGCUUUCCUUUUGUUUUUAAUUUCAGAGGUUGAAAUAGACCUCAUUCUAUAAAUUCCUUUUGUAGUAUUAAAUACUUUCAUUUAUUAGUAAAAGGUAAGUUAAUUAAGCCUGUUUAAUAAAAGCCAGUCUUAUUCAUGCUUUUCUGUAAUCUUCAAUUUUUAAUAAA